AUGCAAUCGAUCAUCGCUUCCAACAGCGUUUUCGCGACGCGCUCGAUCAGCGUCAAGCGAUCUACAAACUCCUUGAGAAGAACAACCUUUGUGGGGAAACAAUUCAAAACGUCCACCGUGUCGGUUCAAAAAUCGAACGCGAGAGUGAACGCGACGACGAGAAGCGACGAAGUUCAAGAUAAAUUGAAGGAACUCACGGGGACAUUGAGCGAGAAAUGGGAUGAUACGGAAGAGAAGCCAGCUGCGGUGGCGUUGGGUGUCUUUGGUCUUGUCGGCUUGAUCGCCGCCGAUGGUGUGUUGCACAACAUCGAAGGCCUCCCGUUGAUUCCGAAUUUGUUCGAACUCAUCGGCAUAGUCUUCUCUGGGUUCUUCAUCUAUCAAAACUUGUUGUUUAAACCGGACAGACAGGCGUUCAAGGAGAAAGUGUCGAAGACCUUUGACGAUAUUUUGUAA